CCCGCGGUCACUCGGGGGCGGGCGAGGACUCGUCCCUGCUCGGGGCCGCCCGCUGCGGUGGAGCCGCUCGUGUUUGUGCCCCGGGACAAUGGGACGGAGCCAGUUGCCAUCCCCGCUGCUUUUGGGCUUAAGAGAACUGUUGGCUGUUGGAAGCCUGGGAAGAGGGAAAAAGGCAAGGCACUGGCUCUGUGACUUUCAAGGAGGACAACUGAGUAAAAGAAAAGGAAGGAAAAUGAAAUGCCUGUUCUUAAUAGCCGUCAUUCAGCUGUUACUGCAAUGCACUGGGAAACCAUUGAGUGGAGAUGACAGCUACCAAAAAAUAUCUGAAGAUGUUAAAAGGGAAAUAGCUGGUUAUUCUGAUAUUGCUAAGGCUAUUAUUAACCUUGCUGUUUAUGGCAACGCCAAGAACAGAUCUUAUGAAAGACUGGCACUUUUUGCUGAUACUGUAGGACCCAGACUCAGUGGCUCCAAAAAUCUAGACGUUGCCAUUGAAUACAUGUUCAGUGCUCUGCAGGAGGAAGGGCUGGAAAAUGUGCACCUGGAGCCUGUAAAAGUACCUCAUUGGGAACGGGGAGAAGAGUUUGCUCUGAUGUUGGCACCAAGGAGCCAUAGCAUUUCUAUUUUAGGACUUGGAAGCAGUGUUCCAACUCCUCCAGAAGGAAUAACAGCUGAAGUCCUAGUAGUGUCCUCAUUUGAUGAGCUGUACAAAAGAGCUGAAGAAGCCAAGGGGAAGAUUGUUGUUUAUAAUCAGCCUUACAUCAGUUAUGGUGAAACUGUGCGAUACAGAGCCCAGGGAGCAGUGGAAGCUGCUAAAGCUGGAGCUGUGGCAUCCCUUAUCAGAUCUAUUACCUCCUUUUCUAUUAAUAGCCCUCACACCGGGUGGCAGUAUUACCAGUCCAAUGUACCCAAGAUUCCCACAGCUUGCAUUUCAGUAGAAGAUGCUGAAAUGAUGGCACGGAUCUCUUCCCGGGGCACCAAGGUUAUUAUUAAACUCAAGAUGGGAGCCAAGACCUAUCCAGAUGCUUGUUCCUUUAAUACUGUGGCAGAAAUAGUUGGGAGCAAAUACCCAGACCAGGUUGUACUUGUCAGUGGACAUCUGGACAGCUGGGAUGUUGGACAAGGAGCCAUGGAUGAUGGUGGUGGAGCAUUUAUAUCAUGGGAAGCGUUAUCUCUUAUUAAGGAUCUUGGGCUUUGUCCCAAGAGAACUCUACGCUUAGUGCUGUGGACAGGGGAGGAGCAAGGAGGAGUGGGUGCUGAGCAGUACUAUCAGUUACACAAGGGCAACAUCUCCAACUUCGACAUUGUCAUGGAAUCUGAUGAGGGCACUUUCAUGCCGUCUGGCCUGGGUUUUACUGGCAGUGAUAAAGCUCGUGGCAUCAUGAAAGAGAUCAUGCAGCUGUUGCAGCCUAUCAACGUGACAAAUAUUUAUGAAAGUAGUGGUGGAACAGACAUUGAUUACUGGGUGAAAGAUGGAGUACCAGGUGCCAGUUUGCGUGAUGACCUUAGUAAAUACUUCUGGUUUCAUCAUUCUCAAGGGGACACAAUGACAGUUCAAGAUCCAAGCCAGAUGAAUCUCUGCGCUGCUGUUUGGACUGUUGUCUCCUAUGUAAUUGCUGACAUGGAGGAGAUGUUGCCAAGGUAAUAAAAGAAGCAAGAAGGAAAACGUAUAUUCUUCAGUGAAGGCUGUGAAUCGACUGAUGCAUAUGGUCUACAGAUGUAGGAAAUUCCUUAUUCACCCUGAUUUUUGCUGAUUUUCAUUCUGUUCUUUGACCUGAAAGCAGAUUUCUUUUACAUUGUUCUGUUUGUUUUAGCUGGUUAAAUGCAUUCCAUUUCUGAUUCUUAUUUCAUGUUUUUUCUAGCAAGUUUUUAUCAAUUAAUCAAUGCCUGAUGCCUCCCCCAAAAUAUACUGUAUUAUAAUAUUGUAUAAUAAUUAUCUAUAAAUAAGUGAUCCUGUGUCAGAAGGAAAUACACUCAAUAAAUAUGUUGUAUCAGAAUAGUU